AUGGAAUCAUUCUUUAAAAAUUUUGGUGAUGAUUUUCAAGAAGCAACGCCUCCAUUGGUUAAUCAGACUGCCGGCACUUUCAAUCCUAUGGAUUCAACUUCAGGGCUUCCUCCCCCAAAUGUUGAAAUUCCUACAUUUGUGGCGUCUGCAAUACUUCAACCAAGAAUGACUUUUGAAGUUGCGAGCUCUUCAGCUCCUAAGAAUGUCUCCCUUACAAGGCAUGAGCAUGAUAUUGUCUCUGAAAGGCUUGCUAGGUUCUUAGAAGAAAGUGAAGCAAACCUUCUGUCUGGAGAAAAAGGUAUAUCUAUAGGGGCAGGCAGCUUGAAGGGGGAAGAUACAUCAAAACCAGAGCUUAGGGAGGAGAUUAUUGUACUCAAACAGAAAAUAAUCGAAAAGGAUCUACAAAUCGAGAACCUUGAUUCUCGUAUCUCUGUGCUCGAAGAUGAAACUGGCUACAUUAAUCUGAAGAAUAAACUUAUUGUUGAAUUUGGAGAUAAGUUUCAGACAGCAACUGAAAGCCCAAGUAUUCCUCAGGCUCCAAUAACUGCCCCAGCCACUACUCCAACUUUUGAACAGACCGAUAAUGUGCCUGUUAGAACCACAACGGUCGUUGACCGUUUUGAGAUGGAACAUGCACAAGAUCCACCUCGAAUCACUAUUAAGCGAGGAGGGAGAAUGGUUAUGUCCCAGAAAAUGAGAGGCUUGCUCUUCAUGAAAAAUUCUGAUUAG